CUAAAACCAAUAUCUGCAACCUUCAUGUGCUUGAAGCUUUUGACAAUCGGGCGAUAUCGAUAUCAUUGAUGUACAGGUCAAACUUUCAUACAGAGGACAUAUAGUAAAUCGCCGCUUGGCACCCGGUUUGAACACGACAUGUUCCGUAGCGGCCUUUACAGCUGGGUCGUCAGGGGCCAGUGAAAUCUGUUCCCAAGAGCUGAAUAGUCUAGACCAGCGACAACGGUGUCUCCUUAUCGCACUAACUGUGCCGGCGCCGUUGUCUUGACGCCAUCUCUCUCAUGCGGCAAUAGUCAUUUGAGGAGUAACCGGCCAAUCCAAUAGUUCAGGUUGACACGAUAUAUGUCGCUUGGUUCGGCUAUCAACAUCUCGGUGGUUGCAGCAAGAGUUGAUCGUCCUUGACGUGACAGUUUGAAGCAAGAAACAACGUCGGAGGAUGUUCAAACGUGUUCAAAGUGGUAAUCUCUAUGUUGGAUCAACUCCACUGCUGACGUAUCCAGCAUAUCCCUGGUUGCAAAAGUUGUUGACGCGCCAGCCAGCCAUAACGCACAGAGGGGAAGGAAACCAUUUGUGACAAGCAUCUACCACCUAAGCGACGGAUGUGUGGGGGAACAACCAAGGAUGAAUUCAUCAACGCCGCCUGAGAACGCGAAUCCUUCGUAGUUACCAACGGUAACCGAUUUGCUCGGAAUCCUUUGGCCGAAGUUUGUGGUUUUAGCCGCAUGAAAGUAUGUGAUAGUAACUGAGAAGGUAUGAAUAGUUAUCGUUCUCUCCCACUUGCCGUACUGGCUCUAGCACAGUACGCGGCUCAACGACUUCGUUGACGUUGGUCGUUGAUGUUCUCGUCAUUAGGAACAUGACGCCCGUUUUCGCGAUUGAAACUUUUUGGUUGACUGUGCUCAUCCUGUUCUCUGCAGGGUGCAAAAUACGACUUUUUCGGUUGUUUCCCAAUCAAUAUUUAAUAGGUCCAUGCUUAAAACUUCCAAGAAACCGCCAUGAAACGCACGACAGUGAAACUCUUAUGGAGCACGGAGCACAACUCGAAACACUCAUGUCCGUCAACGUGUUUGACGAGUGUCGAUCCAGCCCCUCCUCGUUGCAACGAACCACAACGUUGUUGCUGUAGAAUUCGCAGGGAUGCUGUAAGAAAAAAGACCCUGAAACUGU